AGCAGCAAGACAAGCUAGCUCCCGUCGAUGCACAAUCCAUAGCGAAUUCAGCCAAUCGGACAGAACUGAAAUUGGUCAUGCCACUACCGCAAAGGAUUUACUCUGAAGGAGGUUCGUAUGCCGAGGUGAAUUCUUCGGCGCACUUGGCGAGCUCGGCCUCGACAUCGUCAGGGAGAGCGUAUCCAGCAUCAACGAUCUUUUGCAUCACACCAGAGUGUGCUGUCUUCAUGUGUGUGAGCCAUGCMGACUCAAAGUCUUGGACRUUUUCGACAGGGACGCGAUCACAAUAUCCCUUGACACCGAUGUAGAGGGAGGCGACGACCUCUUCGGGUUCUUGAGGUUCAUAUUGUCCUUGCUUGAGAAGUUCGUAAAGACGAACACCACGGUUCAAUUGCUGCUGGGUGGCGGCAUCCAAAUCGGAACCGAAUUUGGCGAAGGCAGCGACCUCACGGUACUGGGCAAGUUCGAGCUUCAUGGUACCGGCAACGGCCUUGGUAGCCUUGUACUGAGCGGCGGAACCGACACGGGACACAGAAAGACCAACAGAAAUGGCGGGACGUUGACCUUGGUAGAAAAGUUCGGAUUCCAAGAAAAUUUGUCCAUCGGUAAUGGAAAUCACGUUGGUAGGAAUGUAGGCGGACACAUCUCCGGCCUGGGUCUCAAUGACGGGAAGGGCGGUGAGGGAUCCUCCUCCAAGGGCGCUGUUCAUCUUAGCAGCGCGUUCCAAAAGACGGGAGUGGAGGUAGAAAACAUCACCGGGGUAGGCCUCACGACCAGGAGGACGACGAAGCAACAAAGACAUUUGACGGUAGGCAACAGCCUGCUUGGACAAAUCAUCAUAGAAGAUCACAGCAUGCUUUCCGGAGUCACGGAAGUAUUCUCCCAUGGCGGCACCGGUGUAAGGGGCAAGGAACUGAAGAGGGGCAGAGUCGGAGGCGGUGGCGGCAACAAUGAUGCAGUUGUCCAUGGCAUCACGUUCAUCGAGCUGUCCAACAAGUUGGGCAAUGGUCGAUCGCUUCUGUCCAACACCAACGUAGAUACAGGCGAGUGGUUCCUUCUUGGUCUUCUGGUUGAUAAUAGUAUCGAUAGCAAUGGCGGUCUUUCCAGUUUGACGAUCACCAAUGACCAACUCACGCUGUCCACGUCCAAUAGGAAUCAGGGCAUCGACGGCCUUGAGUCCGGUAAGCAUGGGUUCGGAAACAGAUUCUCUGGGGAUGAUACCAGGAGCCUUGGCCUCGGCACGCGAGCGCUUGACCUUGUCGAGGGAUGCACCUCCAUCGAUGGGCUGUCCAAUACCGUCAACAACACGUCCGAGAAGUUCGGGUCCGACGGGAACAUCGACAAUAGCUCCGGUACGRGUGACGUUGUCACCUUCCAAAAUGUCACGAUCAUCACCGAAGAUGACCACACCGACAUUGUCCUCUUCCAAGUUYAGAGCCAUACCACGGAGUCCGCAGGCAAAGACAACCAUCUCUCCGGCUUGAACAUUUGAGAGACCGUAGACACGGGCGAUACCAUCUCCAACGGAGAUGACGGAUCCAGUCUCGGCGUAUUGCACGGAGGUAUCCUCGGCACCGGCAGCAGCGCCGAUCUUGGCCUCAAGAAAGGAGGAAAGUUCCAAGGUCUGGCUAGCCAUUCCUCGGGUUGCCGCCCGACGGGCAGUCUAAAUGGAUUCAAUAGAAACAAAUUUCCAAC